UCUACCAUCACAUCUGCAAAGCAGAUCGGUUCUCCCCCCACCCUCCAGGAAACACCUCCAGGGAUCCACCGAGGAUUUUGCGCCCCCAGCGAUCCACCCACCCACCCACCUUCCCCCGCCAGCCCCCGUCCACACGGCGCCUUCCUCCCCUCCCCCUCGGUGCCGCAACUUUUCUCUCGCAUGAUCUCCGUCGCACGGAUUUGCCAUUCGGAUGCCGCCUCUUCGGGAACGGAGCUUGGAGGCGCUUUGAACCCGCCGCCGCCGCCGCCGCCGCCGCCGCCUCUCCUCCUCGCCGUCUUCCUCUUCCUCGUCCUCCAGUGCUAUGACAGGCAAACUCGUGGAGAAGCUGCCAGGGACCAUGAACACUUUGAUGAACCAGUUGCCUGACAAUUUGUACCCGGAGGAGAUCCCCAACUCGCUGAACCUUUUCUCGGGCAACGGCGAGGCUCACUACAAUAACCAGAUGGCGGCAGAUAAUGUUAUGGAUAUUGGCUUAGCCAACGACAAGGCCGGCCAGGACUUGUCGUCGUACUCGGGCUCCUUCCAGCCCGCGCCGGGGGGCAACAAGACGGUGACCUACCUGGGCAAGUUCGCCUUCGACUCGCCGUCCAACUGGUGCCAGGACAACAUCAUCAGCCUGAUGAGCGCCGGCAUCCUGGGGGUGCCGCCGCCGCCGCCGCCGCCCUCGUCCAGCGCGCAGGCCUCGACGGGCAGCAUGGUGCAGGUGCAGAGCCAGGCCGACGUGGAGGGCAUGUACCCGGCGCUGCCGCCGUACUCGGGCUGCGGCGACCUCUACCCGGGCGAGCCGGUGGCCUUCCACGACCCGCAGGCCAACGCGGGCCUGGCGUACUCGGCGCAGGACUACCAGGGCGCCAAGGCGGGCGGCGGGCUGGACGGCAACCUCUUCCCCAUGAUCCCGGACUACGGCCUGUACCACGGGCACCCCAGCGAGCUGGGCAGCCUCCCCGAGCACAAACCCUUCCAGAACCUGGACCCGAUCCGGGUCAACCCGCCGCCCAUCACGCCCCUGGAGACCAUCAAGGCCUUCAAGGACAAGCAGAUCCACCCGGGCUUCGGCGGCCUGCAGCCGCCGCCGCCGCCGCCGCUCACGCUCAAGCCCAUCCGGCCGCGCAAGUACCCCAACCGGCCCAGCAAGACGCCGCUGCACGAGCGGCCGCACGCCUGCCCGGCCGAGGGCUGCGACCGGCGCUUCUCGCGCUCCGACGAGCUGACGCGGCACCUGCGCAUCCACACGGGCCACAAGCCCUUCCAGUGCCGCAUCUGCAUGCGCAGCUUCAGCCGCAGCGACCACCUCACCACCCACAUCCGCACGCACACGGGCGAGAAGCCCUUCGCCUGCGAGUUCUGCGGGCGCAAGUUCGCGCGCAGCGACGAGCGCAAGCGGCACGCCAAGAUCCACCUCAAGCAGAAGGAGAAGAAGGCCGACAAGGGCUCCUCGGCCGCCGCCGCCGCCGCCGCCGCCUCUUCGGCGAGCCCGGCCGGGCCCGGCGGCGCCCCGCCCGCCGUGGCUUCGCUGGCGCCCGUGGUCACCACUUGCGCGUGACGCUACUCCCGCCCCGCCGAGCCCCAGUGCCUCCCGAGCCAGGCUGCCUUCGGCUGCGCCUUUGCGCAGGAGCCGCGCAGUGGCGGCGGCGGCGGCGGCGGCGGCGGGAGCGGCUGCUCGCCUCCCCGGGCUCCCGCUGGAGGGAUGCCGUUGCGCGCACACCUCCCGCCGCCGGCGACGUGGUGGCGGCGGGAGGGAGCCUUGAACUUUCCGCCGGAUCGUCUGGAUCCCAGGCGGCUUCGGAGGGGACGGGAAGCGGGGGCUGAGCCACUUCUCCCGGACGAACUGUCGUGGGCAGCGGGGGCGUGGGGGGCUCAGUCGGGCAUGUGUGAACCAGGGGCGGGGGGCGGGGGCGGCGACACGCAAAUGGACACGGGGACGCUUCCCUGGACCCCCCACCCCCGCUCCUAGACGCCCCCGGGGAUCUUCUUCCUCCUUCCCUUCUCCCUCGGUGGAGGGGGGCACCAAAGCGCAGUGCUUGCUGCCCGUGGAGACCGCGUGUGCACGCGUGUGUGCCUGUGUGUGUGCGUGUGCGUGGGCCAGCCUCUGGAGCUGAACUAGGCUGCUUU